CUCCAUUUACCUCUCAAUUCCCCUCUACCUGGAAGUGAGUUGACUAAGGAACCCUUUCGAUGGGAUCAGAGGUUAUUUGCUUUGGUUCUGCGCUUGCCUGGGAUUACAGCACCGGAAUCGGAGCAGGUGACGGGGGUACCAGUUGAUGACUCCGCAAUCACACCUAUGUGCGAAGUCACAGGAGGUCGAUCAUAUUGUGUGUGCUCUCCAAGAAUGCUGAAUCAGUGUCUUGAGUCACUGGUGCAAAAAGUGCAAAGUGGAGUGGUAAUAAAUUUUGAAAAAGCUGGACCGGAUCCCUCACCAAUUGACGAUGGGCAGGUGGAUAUAUCUAGACCCUUUGGACCCCAGCCUUGGCACAGCUGUCACAAACUUAUUUAUGUCAGACCAAACCCUAAAACUGGGGUUCCUAUAGGUCAUUGGCCUGUUCCUGAAUCCUUUUGGCCAGAUCAAAAUUCUCCAACGCUGCCACCUCGCACAUCUCAUCCUGUGGUGAAAUUUUCCUGUACUGACUGUGAACCGAUGGUCAUUGACAAACUGCCUUUUGAUAAAUACGAGUUAGAACCUUCACCACUGACCCAGUUUAUCCUGGAAAGAAAAUCCCCUCAGACCUGCUGGCAGGUAUAUGUAAGCAAUAGUGCAAAAUACAGUGAACUUGGUCACCCUUUUGGUUACUUGAAAGCUAGUACAGCGCUGAACUGUGUGAAUUUAUUUGUGAUGCCUUACAACUACCCAGUCCUGCUUCCACUGUUAGAUGACUUGUUUAAAGUACACAAGGCAAAACCUACAUUAAAAUGGCGACAGUCAUUUGAAAGCUAUUUGAAGACAAUGCCUCCUUAUUAUCUUGGGCCUUUGAAGAAAGCUGUGAGAAUGAUGGGAGCACCAAACCUUAUAGCUGACAAUGUGGAAUAUGGACUUAGUUACAGUGUCAUUUCAUAUCUCAAAAAGUUGAGUCAGCAGGCCAAAAUAGAGUCCGAUAGAGUCAUUGGCUCUGUAGGCAAAAAGGUAGCGCAAGAGACUGGAAUUAAGGUCAGAAGCAGAUCACACAACCUGUCUAUGGCACAUAGGAACGAUUUUCAACAUCUGCUACAGGGGAUUACUGGGGAAAUUCCUCAUAGACCUCUAGACCUCAAUAUGAAGGAGUAUGCUGGGUUCCAAAUAGCUUUGCUGAAUAAGGAUUUGAAACCUCAGACUUUUAGAAACGCUUAUGACAUACCCAGAAGAAAUCUUUUGGAUCAGUUAACACGAAUGAGAUCUAAUUUACUGAAGAGUACUCGCAAGUUCCUCAAAGGACAAGAUGAAGAUCAAGUUCACAGUGUACCUAUAGCACAAAUGGGAAACUACCAGGAAUAUCUAAAACAAAUACCUUCGCCACUGCGAGAGCUUGAUCCUGAUCAACCACGAAGGCUUCAUACAUUUGGCAACCCAUUCAAACUGGACAAAAAGGGAAUGAUGAUAGAUGAAGCAGAUGAGUUUGUAUCAGGACCUCAAAAUAAACAGAAAAGACCUGGAGAACCAAAUAUGCAAGGGAUCCCAAAAAGACGACGUUGUAUGUCCCCCCUGCUCAGAGGUCGACCACAGACUCCCUCGGUUGUGAAUAAUCAUAUUGGAGGAAAAGGGCCACCAACACCAACUACACAAGCACAGCCUGACCUUGUUAAACCUAUUCCUAUUCACAAAACAUCAGAAACAAAUAAUGAGGUUACAGUGGAUGAUGUGGUUGAGAAUCAUGUCACAGACCCACUUUCAUCGGAUGUUUUCCCAAAUACUGUGGACUCGGAGUUUUCAAUGCCCUCUUCACCGUUCAACUCACUGGAUCGACCGGCAGCUCAUACAGAGGAUGCAGGCCAUGAACAUUUAGAGAACAACUUGAAUGUCGAUGAGUUUUUGGAGAAUCAUGAGGAAUCGAGUAGUAAAGAACAAAGUACUGAAGAGAAUUUGCCAGUGUCUUCACCAAGCAAAGGGAAAAAAAGUGUGCAUUGCAGAAGUUCCAGAGAGAUUAAUAUAGAGCUAAAAGCACAAAUUAUGAAAGAGAUACGAAAACCAGGAAGGAAAUAUGAAAGAAUCUUCUUUUUACUGAAGCAUGUACAAGGAAGCUUACAAACCCGACUGAUAUUUUUACAAAAUGUUAUUAAAGAAGCUUCAAGGUUUAAAAAACGAAUGCUGAUAGAACAGCUUGAGAGUUUUCUGGAAGAAAUCCAUCGCAGAUCAAAUCAGGUCAACCAUAUCAACAGCAGCUAAGAAACACUGCACACGAGAGAAAGCCCCACAGCAGGGCACUGCUGUCCUUACUUGCAUUCAUUUUUGAUAUGCACUCUUAUCUCAAGUUUCUGUACCUGAAAGAAUGAGAAGCUGCUCUAUAAAAUGAUAAGAAAAGUAUCCAUCAUCUUUUUUUUCCCCUUCACUUCUGUUAUUUUUGUAAUGUGAAAAAUACUACAAAAACAUUUUUUAUUUAACUAAAUGGAGAACUUCCUGCUUGUCAUGGACUUAAGUGUCACUUUCCCUCAGGUUCUAUUUUUCUUAAUCCAACCUUCAAAACUAUCACCUCUUAAGGUUGAACUUUGCCAAAAACGUUGCUUUGUAAUUUUCAAAAAAAAAAGCACAUACAUUAAACAAGGUAAUGUUUUGUAUAUACAGUUAUUUUGGAUAUAUUAUUGUAAGUUGUAUAAAUGUAUUUUGAAAAAUAUUUAAGAAAAGCACUUUUGUUAUUCCAUCAAUAAAAGCUCUAUUUUAAUCUUUGUGUAGGAUUGAGUACAGUUUUUAUUGGAACGCUUCAUUUUGCCUUCC